GUGUCUUGGCAGGAUUCGUGAGAAGAAGAGGCGUCAGAGUGUCGUGAUUCAUCUUGAAUCCUACACGGUGAGGACACACACACGAACACUCAUAGCUGAACAUCAUUAACCUAAUGACGCAGACGGUGGAGGAUCGCUCGCUAGAGUUCAUCAUCCGCCGCAGCAGCGACGCGCCACUGCCGCCACUCAAAUCCCUUCGCGGGCAGCCCUUCAAGCAGCACCACUGGCGCGAUGCCUUCGACAGCGAGCAGGCUGCCCUGCGCGAGGAGGUGUGGGCGCUGAAGUCGCAGCUGGACCGCAUCCCGCCCGACGUCUACAUGGCCACCCGCAACAAGCUCUUCCCGCUCGCCGUGAGCGGAGAGCAGCAGCACUUCUCCAACCGCGCCGGACACAAGCUGCUGGAGUCGCUAGAGUCUACUGGGGUGUGGAUGGAGCUGGGAAAGAGGUUGCAGGGUAAGUCAAAGAAGCGACCGCGCGAGCUCGUCUUCGCGGAUGUGUGCGGGGGCCCAGGUGCCUUUACCCAAGCGCUCUUUCAAGCCGGUAGGCGUCAGGGCUGGAAGCGCAUGCACGGCUACGGCAUGACUCUCGGUGGUGUCAGCGGAUUGGACUGGUACAACCACCUGCUCAAAUCACCGCACUUCACGUGCACUUACGGACUGGACGGCACGGGCGAUAUCUUUAAACUGAGCAACAUCGAGUGCCUCGCCUCGCUGACUGAGACGGCACAGCUGCUGCUGGUGGUGGCCGACGGCGGCUUCAAUGUCGACUUCUCGGUGGCAAAUUACCAGGAGACGAUCUCUUCUCGAAUUCUUUAUGGGCAAUGGCUAGCGGCGCUGAAGCUGCUGCGCACCGGCGGCUGUUUUGUGCUGAAGCUGUUCGACACCUUUUCACCACUGUCGCGAGCCGUGCUGUACCUCUCCUGCUUCCUCUACGGUCGCGUGCACAUCGCGAAGCCACGCCACAGUCGCGUUGUAAACAGUGAGCGAUAUUUGGUUUGCGUGGAUUAUCAAGGCUAUCCGGAUGAAGAUUGGCGGUGUUACCUGGAUGAGUACUACGAAAAAGGCUUCGUUGACGACGCGCAUGUGCCGGAGUUUAUUCCAGCUGAGUGGUGCUUGAAGGACGCCACGUUCAGAUCAGACAUGUGCGAGAUGAACACCGUCAUCGCGACGAACCAGAAGAUGGCGCUUCAAAUGAUCAUCGACGCUGCUCCUGCGAUGGCGGCCGAGUUGGCGGCAAAGGCGGAGGUGGAUGCAGCGGGGGAGGAAAAGGCCGCUUCAGCAGCGGACGACGGUGAAGACAACAAAUGA